AUGAAAAGGUUUUCGGAGUAUCAAGUAGUACCGAGGGGCAUGGAGGUGAUUCCUUCUACAACGAGCCACAUUGUUGUGGCUAUUUUUGCCGCGAUUUGCUGGAGUGUAGGUGUUGGAGGGCUUCACAAUCUAGAAAUCAAUGUCCCGAGUGCUGUCCUCGUAGACGAGACUGUAACUCUGGAAUGUAGCUGGCAAUUAGAAGAUGAAGAAGCUUUAUAUAGUGUAAAGUGGUACCGAGGGAAAGAAGAGUUUUAUAGAUAUAUUCCCAAAGAACUUCCACAUACAAGAGUGUUUCCGCUACCGGGAAUUGAAGUUGACAUAUCUCGCUCUGGUGCGCACCGAGUAGUACUACAGCAGGCGACUCCUGCGAUGGCAGGAAGAUUCCGAUGCGAAGUGUCAGCAGACGCACCGACCUUUCAUACUGAAAUUCGAUCAGCUCCUUUAGAAGUAGUCGAGCCUCCAGUAUGGGGACCAAAACUUGUUUCGGAUCGAUCAUGGUAUGGUGUUGGAUCAAAUUUACGUGCAACAUGUGCGUCGCCACCAGCGUAUCCGCCAGUAAAUCUUACAUUUGCACUUAAUGGACAGGAGAUUGAUACUGAGUCUAUAACUCAUACAUUGCCCCAAUGGUUUAAAUGGGAUCCGCCACCAAAGUUUGAAUCGACAACAACAGAGCGACCUGAGGAUGAAAUAAAUUUUAAUGUUUUUCACGAUGAAGACAAUACACAGUACUUGGAUGAGACGUACAUAAAUUUACAUAAAGAAGAGAUAAGAAGGACUUCAAAAGAAAGUUUAAAGACAGUUUAUGAGAGAAUUGGGCCUGAUAGCAGAUUACCAACUGUAGGAGUGGUACUAAUUAGCGUACGUACCGAGGCAUUUGAACGUGGUAGCCUCCGAUUGACAUGCAUUGCUAAUAUUUAUAAUUUGUAUGCAGCUCGUACUGAAUUGAUAUUUGAUAUGGAACAACCUGAAGUUGCUUCUGUUUUGGGGGUUCGUAAUGGAAUUACAGGUUCGUGUUUCAAUCACAAUUGGCAGUUAAGUUUCGUGGUCGUCUUUUGGUGCUGCUUCCGGUAG